AUGAGACGGUCUGCUACUAUCCUGCUGUUCGCAGCAUACGCAUCGGCGCAAACCCAGUAUGGAGAAAACCAUGGCGCUGUAAGCUUCGAUUCGCAGCUUGUAGAGCAGGCGGCAUUCCCAGCGCCCAAUGUCACGCUUUAUAGCCCUGCCUUCGUGUCCAAUGCCACUUUCGAUCCUGGGUGGUUCGAGGGCACCGAGGGGGCCACUUCACCCGGUCAAUUGGAAAGAUUCAUCAGUGGCCUUGCUGCAAAGAACCCUUCAUGGAUCAAGUAUCAAGUGGCCGAUUUCCUUAGUGAAGAAGGCAAAACAUUUCCCUACGUCCUACUCUCGGCGUCAUCCGCAUCAAACACGACGUCAGACAAGCUCAGAGUCUGGAUUCAAGGCUCAGUCCAUGGCAACGAACCCGCUGGCGAUGAAGCCGCGCUCGCCUUGCUCGGGGCCAUGGACAAUGACCCAGCAUGGGCCGCUACCGUGCUGGAGAAAAUGGACAUUCUUGUUCUACCGCGUUACAACCCAGACGGCAACGCAUACUUUCAACGUACCUUGGCCACCAACUUUGAUCCAAACCGCGAUCACACCAAACUCGCUCGCCAGCAGACCCGCGAUAUCAAAGAAUGGUUCAGCACCUUUUCACCUACUAUUGCCAUUGACUUGCACGAAUACGGCGCAGCGACACUCUACUCGACCCACUACAGCAACGCAGCCGAUGCCAUGUAUUCGAGCGCCAAGAAUCUCAACAUACAUCCCGACAUCCGCGAGCUCUCGGAGGCCCUCUUCGCACCGGCCAUCAACGCGUCGCUCAUCUCCCGAGGCUUACGUGGCGAGCAAUACAUGACAGCUUCGAGCCGCAACCCACCCCGUCUCGUCGAAGCUGGCACCGACGCAAAAAUCGGGCGCAACGCCAUGGGCCUGACGCAGUGCAUCACGUUCCUCUUCGAGACGAGGGGCAUCGGCAUUGCGAACCAGCAGUUCAAGCGCAGGACCCUGGCGGGUCUGCAGAUGAUUCUCGGUGUGCUCGAAGCAGCAAGAGACAAUGCCGAGCAGGUCAAGAGCACAGUGGAUAAUGCGAUUGCGGAUUUUGUGGCAAGCAAGCAAGACAUUGUCGUUACCGAUUACCCAAACUAUGCCAAUCGUACAUUUACAAUGGUCGAUCGCCGCACGGGACAUGUCGUUCAGCUGCCCGUCGAAUUCGCAAGCAAUACUCCCGCAACGGCGAACCUCACCCGUACGAGGCCUCAGGCUUACAUCAUCCCUCGUGCAUGGGCUGAUCUCGCUGAGCGCUUGAGCGUCUCUGGCUUGGAUGUUGAGACCAUGCCAGAGGCGUAUCGAGGAGAGGUCGAGGUCUACAACAUUACUUCUUCAAAAUUUGCUUCGUCGUAUUACGAAGGAGCAAUCUUGAACACGGUGACGACGGAGACUUCUGUACAGCACGUUUCGUUGCCAGCUGGCAGCUUCUUCGUCACCGCCGCCCAGAAGAAUGCGGGCUUGGCCUUUGUAGCCCUAGAGCCCGAGAACAUUGACUCCUAUGUUUCGUUUGGAUUGCUGCCAAUGGAGGUUGGUGACCAGUAUCCAGUCUUCCGUAAGAUCUAG